AUGGCGACCCCGAUAGCGCCCCAAGUUGUGGUGGUAGACUUCCACCAUGCUCGCGGGCCUGAGGUGGAAUUCUGGGUCGAACCGGUCGGCGAGAAUCUCGCCAAGAACAACGACUGGUCGCUUCUGCCGUUCAUGGCUCUAUCCGACGGUGCACACGCCAUGCUCGAGGACUUCUCUUAUUUCGCGCUCCUCGACAAAGGCGAUGUGUCUCCCACUCCAGCAGUUGAUAAGAUCUCGGCCGAUGUUGACACCACGAGCGUCACUAAGGACGCAGAGAGUCAAAAUGACCAGUCGACGACGACGACGACGACGACGAAGGAAACGCAAUCCCCGCCAAUGCCACGCGGCAAAGGUGGUGAUCUGCCUGCCACGGCAACGAGUCUCUUCGGCAUCGCUUGCACGAGGCAGAUCAAGUCGGACAGGUUGAAGCGGAGGUCUGCCAGCGUAACGAGGAGUACGGUGCAGAAGGCCGUGGUCGUCAUUUCGCAGACCGCGAGGGGUAUGGGAGAGUUGAGGGAGCGCCUGGGUGUCGUCACUGCCGCUUGGUUUGCUCAGGAGGACUUCUCCGAUAUCACCAUUUUAAAGGUAUGUCUUGAUGGCCUUGACGAGGUUUCUGAUGCUCAAGGCCCUGACCGUCGGAUCGGGGCGUUGUAG